GUUGUUCCCCGCCCUGUGUCGCUGCUCGGCAGAUUCUGCCCUGUCGCGAUGCCAUCACGGUUUUCCGAGGCUGGCGCCGGCUCAGGCUGACACGUGCAACUUCAACAGGACGAAUUCAAGAUCCUCGUCGCGUCCGAAGACGACCCCACACGGCAGCUGCUCGAGACCAAAAUCUCCAAGGACGAUGGCUACCAGAAACAGCAAGAUACGCUCAUCGUGUGGACCGAGCAGAAUGGCACAGACAUGGCGCUCAGCUUCCAGGAACCCGAAGGGUGCGCGAGCAUUUGGGACUUUGUCAACGAAGUGCAAUCGCGCCUGCAGGCUCUUGCACAGGACGAUGGGCUGUCCGACGAUAUCGGCGACAACAUAAGUCCCAUAAUGCUACCGAACCCUGAUCUGGGCAACCUUCACGAGAUCGAGAACCACAUGCGCGCAGCGAACAGUACCCCUGGCGGCCGCGAAGCUCUUGCCAAGUUCGUCCUUUCGCAGGAUUAUAUACCGAAGCUCAUACCGUUGGUGGAAAUGGCCGAGGACCUUGAGAGCGUGUCGGACCUGCACCGGUUAUGCAGCAUCAUGAAGAUGCUCAUACUCCUCAAUGAUACAUCCAUCAUUGAGUACGUGGUCACGGACGAUGUGAUCCUAGGUGUUGUCGGUGCUCUGGAAUACGACCCCGACUUCCCGCUGCACAAGGCAAACCACCGACAAUAUCUCGCCGACGAGUCGAGAUUCAAGGAGGUGGUUAAGAUCGAAGACCUGGGCAUCAAGAAGAAGAUUCACUACACAUACCGAUUGCAGUACUUGAAGGAUGUCGUUUUAGCGCGCAUACUGGACGAUCCGACAUUCUCUGUCCUCAAUUCCCUCAUAUUCUUCCACCAGGUCGACAUUGUCCAGCAUCUGCAGGCGAACGGUCCAUAUCUAAAGGAGCUUUUCGGAAUCUUCGGGCCCGCAGAGCAAGAUCUCCAGCGGAAAAAGGACGCCGUGCUGUUUAUUCAGCAGUGUUGCUCCAUCGCAAAGAGCCUCCAAAUAAACGCUAGGGCCCAACUAUACCAGAACUUCAUUAACAAUGGCCUCCUCGACGUCAUACAAUACGCAUUGAAGCACCAGGAUGCCUCUGUGCGUGUGGCGGGAACCGAUAUCCUUGUCUCUCUCAUCGAUCAUGACUCGCUUAUGGUGCGGAGCUACAUCUUCAAGGCGAUACAGGAGAAGUCAAAGCCGCUGACCGACACUCUCAUCGAGCUCCUGCUGAUUGAGGUCGACCUUGGCGUCAAGGCGCAGAUGGCCGACGCGAUCAAGAUUCUCCUCGACCCCAACGCCAACUCCGCGUCACUAGAAGCGCUUGGGCGGUCCAACAGUGACUUCCUCGCUAAAACUAGGGGUCAGCUGCCUCCCAUGCCGCAGCCGGACUCGUUCAUCCAGAACUUCUAUGAUGACUCCGUAAGAAAACUGUUCCAGCCCCUCAAGGACCUCGAAAAGAGGGAGUCAAUGGAAGAUUUGUCAAUACAAGAGGUCGCUCUAUAUGCUCACCUGGUCGAAGUCCUAUGCUUCUUCAUUCGUCAACAUUCCUUCCGCAGUAAAUGUUUCAUUCUCUCUGAAGGCCUUGCGGCACGAGUUGCGCAGCUCAUGGACUGUCCUGAAAAGCACCUGAAGCUGACUGCCCUGAAAUAUUUCCGCACUUGCAUUGGCCUGCAUGAUGAGACACAUAACCGUCAGAUCAUCCAGCAUCAACUUUUCGAUCCGAUUCUGAAAAUACUAUUCGACACGAUGCCGCGGGACAAUCUUCUCAACUCCGCUUGUUUAGAGCUUUUCGAAUUCAUCAAGCGCGAAAACAUUAAGAUGCUCGUUCAGCAUCUUGUAGAAACGUACCGAGAGAAGCUGCAAAGCAUUACAUACGUAGACACCUUCCAGAACUUAAUACUUCGGUACGACCAGAUGCUCGAACCACCCACGACCCAGGAACUUGACCACUCCUUCACCAGUGUGGAUACGGACGCUUCGGCGCGGAAUGCCGCUAUGGUCAAUGGCGGGAAAUGGGGUCAAGGUCUGAGGGAAGCGGAUCCGGACGAGGAAGCCUACUUUAAUGGCUCCGAUGAGGAAGACGACGGUUUACCGAGUGCUGCGAAACCGGUACUGAACGGGGCGUCGCCAGUUAAACCUUUGGUUAACUACCCGGAUGAUGACGGCGACGAGGACGCCAUGGAUAUCCUAGCGACGAGCGCUCCGUCAGCGUCGCCUCAUACAAUGUCAACCGCAACCCAGACGCAUAAAUCGCCCGCGACGAUCGCCUCGCCUAAACCGAAUGCGGGAUCUCCACCCGAGCGGAUAUCAGAGAAGCGCAGGAGAGAGGAGGAUGAGGAGGACGAGCUCCUUGCAAGCCUCUCCUCGUCCGGGACUAAGCGCCGUGCUUCUCUUAGCAGCAACUCGAGUGUGGGCAGCUUGAAGAGCCUCCGUCGUAAGAGUCCCAACAUCAGCUCCACCAAAGACAGCGGUGGCGCUCCGAAGAAGAUAUCCCUAUCGAUACCUCUCAAGAGCACUGGUGAGGGAGGCGAAGGCGAGUAGCGGCGUGCUGGUUCUCAAUGCGUCGGAUCAUUCACAUUUCUGCUGCUACCUUUUCACGAGAUACCCCUG